GCCGUGUGUGCGCUCGGGGGUUCGCAGUGACGGGGCAGCGGUGGUGCCGGAGGCGCUUUGGUUCCUGGUGCCCGUUGGCUUUUUCUCUUUUCUUAUUGUACUUUGUUGUUGUUGUUGCUCUCGCCUGUUGCGCAGCGCCCUGAUUCGGGAAGAGUGGGAUUUGAGAGGUGUUAGUGUCCGUCACUGCAUUAAAACACAAGUUUUGGCCUGAGCGCCGGUUUUGUCACACAGCUACAGAAGUGGAAAUUCGAGGAACUUCAGGCCUGGAGCUGCACGAACUUUCUGUGCUUGUGGGUCACAAGCCCGUGGUGCAGGUUGCUCUGGAAACUGGAGUAUGAAACAGCUGUGGCCCUUAGUUCUGUUGUGGUGUUUCUGGCUGUGCUGUCAUUGCUGUUCUUUCAGUAACACUGUGGAAAACAACCUGUCCGAUAUUUAAAGGCUGCCCUUACAGGAUCAGCUUUGGAAGGCUGUGGAAUACUGUAGAUCACAUCAUCAGGUUGUUAGCAUAAGAAAGCUUUUGGAAGUGAGAUUAAUGCCCUAAUCUUUGUAAGAAAAAAUAGGUAGUUUCUGAAUAUAGGAGAUCGGUUUUAGCCCUGUGAUGUCAAACCUUAUGGAAAGUUAAGGCUAUUGAGAAAACCGACAUAGAAGGGACCUUAUUUGUGUACAGAAGGUCAGCUUCUCCUUAUCAUGGUUUUACGAUAGUGAAUCGACUGAACAUGCACAACCUGGUUGAGCCAGUAAAUAAAGACUUGGAGUUUCAGCUCCAUGAACCUUUUCUUCUCUACAGAAAUGCCAGCUUGUCAAUUUACAGUAUUUGGUUUUACGACAAGAAUGACUGUCAUCGAAUAGCAAAACUCAUGGCUAAAGUGGUUGAACAAGAAGCUCAGAGAUCACAGCAAGUUUCCCAGGACAGAAAAAGUCCCAGCAGAACCAACGGCUGCAAUGAAAACAGGCCCAUUGACAUCCUGGAAAUGCUCAGUAAAGCCAAGGAUGAAUAUGAACGAAAUCAGAUCAGUGACUUAAGUAUUGUAUCAAGUUGUGGAAUGCAACAAAAUUCAAAUCCUCCAAAGCCAGAAAGCACAGAGCCUUCAGAACAAAAGCCUUCAUUACAAGUGCAAGAGCAGCCAUUUCAGUCAAGGCAGAAGCAUCUGACUUUGGAGGAACUGUUUGGAACCUCUGUACAGAAGGAACAGCCCACUGCUCCGUAUCCCAACGCAGAGAGAAUGGAGAAGCUGCAGACAGAUGCAUCUGCCAGAGAGCAGCACAGUUUGCUUUUGCCUUUUUCCUUUGACCAGUCACCAGUAAUGCAACAAUCCCUCGGGAAAUCAGAAAGUCCAGGCGUUAAAACCAGUGCCAAUCAGCAGGACUGUUUAACACCUAUGCUAAUGCCUCCAGCUUCGGUUUCCCAGCCUGAUAUAAAAAAUGUUUCAAGCUAUUCAGUUCGUUUAAGCCCUGUUCUUAAUUCAGCCUCAACAAUGGAAGCUGCCCCUGCUCAGAUGCUUCCUGGCCUAAAACAAAGCAACAGUAUAAUGCAAGUUAUGCAGCAAGCUGCCAAGCCCAUAUCCCCACUGGUGAAUCAGCCGCCGUCUGAGGGGAACCACGCUCCACAAAACCUAAUGGCUGGCCAGAGCCAGCUCAUAGCACCCUUGACAACAACCAACACGGGAACUGUCUCAAAUCCAUCUCAUACAAGUGUUGAUCUUCUCCAGAAACUCAGGUUGACCCCACAGCAUGACCAAAUGCAACCGCAGUCUCUCACUAAAACGUCCUUAACACCGAACAUCUCUGCCUCGGUUGGCCAACUUGCAACACCAGAGAGCUUCAAAGAAUCUCACACUAAGCCAUCAGCCUUGAACAGCAAGAUAAUCCCUCCCCUUCAGACUGUACAGCAAAACAAAGAACCAGAAGUGUUUCCACAGCCGAAGACUUUGUCUAAGGCAAGUCAAGUCGCACCUCCACAGUUUGUUACAGCCACGACAACAGUAACACCUUCAGUCCUCUUGUCUCCCAGUGUGUUUCAGCAAUCAGCUACAAAGGCUACUGAAGUGGAGAAUAAAGCCAGUUCUUCUUCGCCUUUAACACUUGGAACAACAGAAAUUCAAACUACACCUCCUACUGUUCUCAGUAGGUCUCAGCUGCAAGAAGCACUGAUACAUCUAAUAAAGAAUGAUUCCCAUUUUCUCAGCACUAUCCAUGAAGUCUACUUGCAAGUCCUAACCAAGAGUACAGACAACAUUAAGCUAUAAUUGAAGCUGAAUCUAUUUAAAAUGUGUCCAUUUUAGAAACAAUUAUGCCUCAUCUAUAAAACUAAUAUUUUUGUAAAAGAA